AUGUCUAGUAGUAUACCAUUUGAGAAUGAAUUUUUGUAUUUUUCGUCAUCGGUGUAUGAUGUUAUUGAGAAAACUGAAAGUACCUGUGUAUCACCGUAUAGUUUAAUUUCUGCUCUACUUUUGUUGAUGGUUGGAGCAAAUGGAAAAACGAAAUCACAGAUUUCUACUGCAAUUUUCAAUGAUAGUAAUCUACCAGACAACAACAAGUUCGAAAAGUACAGGGAACUGAAUGACCAUUUAAUGUCUACUACAGGAAGUGAAUUAGAAUUUAGAGUGGCGAACAAAAUGUUUGUAAACAAACAGUUCUCACUGAGAAAAAGUGUACAGAGACAAGCUUACGUAUUCUUUCGAUCGGAGAUCGGUUAUAAAGACUUUACAAAGCCAAAACAGGCUGCCACCUUUAUGAACUUAUACAUUGCCAAACAUACAAAUAAUAAAAUACAGGACUUAAUCGCUUGGAAAUGGAUAAAUUCUAUGACAGCAAUGGUUUUAGUGAAUGCUGUUUACUUUAAAGGCGAAUGGAAGACUAAAUUUGAUCCUUCAAACACAAAAAAGGUUGAUUUUUAUGUAAGGAAACAGAAAACUGUGAAAGUAAAUAUGAUGAACGUCAAGCAAUCUGUUUUAUUCGUCUCUGAAGAUGAUUUUUCUGCUAUAGCAUUACCUUAUAAGGGAGACAAAUUUGAUAUGGUAUUCAUUUUACCGAAGGAGAAUGAAGGCCUUCUUCGACUAGAAGAAAAAUUGUCAUCUGAUUUCAUUAAAAACGUAAACUCGAAUUUAAAGACUGCUAUGGUACAAAUCAGCAUUCCUAAAUUUACAUUCGAAUCGGAGUUUGACCUCAAACUUGUUCUUCCGAAUCUUGGAAUAGAGGAUAUAUUUAAUCCAGCAAAAGCAGAUUUUUCAACACUUCUCCAGGAACAAACAGACAAAAUCUAUGUGUCUCGAGCAGUUCAUAAAGUAUUUAUAGAAGUAAACGAGGAUGGAACAGAAGCGACUGCUGCUACCGCCAUCGUAGCACAAACUCGAAGUGCUCAUAAACAACUCAAUUUUAUUGCAGACCACCCUUUCUUAUUCUAUAUUCGUAAUAUUAAAACUGGUGUGAUCUUGUUUAUUGGCCGCUACAGUCCGGUUUGA